UGUAUUGAGUUUCGAGAGAGAUAUUUCCAUUCCAUGGCUGCAGUAUAUACCUUGUUGUUGAUCCUUCUGAUCUCUCUUGUUAUUUCAUCUUCAGCAGUGGACACCAUGCAUCAAGGUUCAUCACUCUCGGUGGAGGAACCAAAAGAUUUCAUGCUCUCUCCAAACGGCAUGUUCUCUUCUGGUUUCUUUGCCGUUGGCGAAAACGCAUAUUCCUUCGCCGUUUGGUAUUCCGAACCCUAUGGCCAAACACGAAACGCAACCGUCGUAUGGAUGGCGAACCGUGACCAGCCCGUGAACGGCAAGGGCUCAAAGUUUUCGCUUCUUCACAACGGCAACCUCGCCUUAAACGACGCUGACGAGUCCCACGUUUGGUCCACAAACACCGUUUCACUGUCCUCCUCCGUGCUUCUGUUCCUCGACAACACCGGCAACCUCGUUCUCCGCCAAACGGAGAGUACCGGUGUCGUUUUGUGGCAAAGCUUUGAUUUCCCUACAGAUACGCUUUUACCUCAACAAGUGUUCACGAGACACGCGAAACUGGUCUCUUCUAGAAGCAAGACAAACAAGUCCUCGGGUUUCUACACUUUGUUCUUCGACAACGACAACAUUCUUCGUCUUCUUUACGAUGGUCCUGAAGUUUCUGGCCUUUACUGGCCAGAUCCAUGGCUGGCAUCUUGGAACGCUGGAAGAUCCACUUACAACAACAGCAGAGUUGCGGUGAUGGACACGCUCGGCAAUUUUAGUUCUUCAGAUGAUUUACAUUUUUUGACAUCUGAUUACGGCAAAGUCGUCCAAAGAAGAUUGACCAUGGAUAACGAUGGAAACAUUCGUGUUUAUAGCCGGAGACACGGUGGAGAGAAAUGGUCUAUUACGUGGCAAGCCAAAGCAAGACCGUGUAACAUUCAUGGUAUUUGUGGCCCAAAUAGUUUGUGCUCUUAUCAUCAAAAUUCUGGUAUAGAAUGCUCUUGUCUUCCCGGGUAUAAGUGGAAGAACGUAGCCGAUUGGUCUUCUGGGUGUGAACCGAAAUUCUCUAUGCUUUGCAACAAAACCGUGUCUCGAUUUUUAUAUAUAAGCAACGUGGAGUUGUAUGGCUAUGACUAUGCGAUCAUGACCAAUUUCACGCUCAAUCAGUGUCAGGAGUUAUGCCUUCAAUUGUGCAAUUGUAAAGGCAUCCAAUACACCUAUGUCUUUGAAAGUGGCACUUAUACAUGUUACCCGAAGUUGCAGUUGCGGAAUGCGUACCGUACACCGUAUUUUAAUGCUGAUUUGUACUUGAAACUCCCGGCAAACAGUUCAUAUUCUUAUGAGGGGUCCACAGAACAGCACGGUCUUGAUUGCUCUUCUUCGAGAACGAUACAGCUUGAGAGAGCCUAUGACAUGGGUCAUGAAAGCAGAUAUAUUAAGUUCUUAUUUUGGUUUGUAGGGGGAGUUGGGGGAAUUGAAGUUUUUUGCAUAUUUGUGAUUUGUCUUUUUCUGGUGAAAACAAGUGGCCAAAAAUAUUCCGGUGUAGAUGGACGAGUCUAUAAUCUAUCCAUGAAUGGUUUCAGGAAAUUCAGUUAUUCUGAGCUGAAACAAGCCACCAAAGGUUUUAGGCAAGAGAUAGGAAGGGGUGCAGGAGGGGUUGUUUACAAAGGAGUGUUGCUGGAUCAACGCGUUGUAGCAGUGAAGAGACUCAAGGAUGCUAAUCAAGGAGAAGAAGAGUUCCUCGCGGAAGUAAGCAGCAUUGGAAGACUUAACCACAUGAACUUGAUUGAGAUGUGGGGAUAUUGUGCUGAGAGAAAACACAGGCUAUUGGUGUAUGAGUACAUGGAGAAUGGAUCUCUAGCACAAAAUAUCAAGUCCAAUGCUUUGGAUUGGACCAAAAGGUUUGACAUAGCCUUAGGUACUGCAAGAGGUCUAGCUUAUAUUCAUGAGGAGUGUUUGGAGUGUAUUCUGCACUGCGAUGUAAAGCCACAAAACAUACUUCUAGAUUCUAACUAUCAUCCGAAGGUGGCGGAUUUUGGGAUGUCCAAGCUGAUCAUGAGAAACAGAAAUGAUACUAGUACAUACUCUAAUAUUUCAAGGAUACGAGGAACAAGAGGUUACGUGGCUCCUGAGUGGGUUUUUAAUCUAUCAAUCACGUCCAAAGUUGAUGUCUACAGCUAUGGAAUGGUUGUUUUGGAAAUGGUCACUGGAAAAAGCGUAACAAAGGAUGUUGAUGCCACUGAUAAUGGAGUGGAAAACCUGCAUCUCAGCAUGGUCGCAUGGCUUAAAGAGAAAGACAAAAAUGGAUCUGGGUGCGUUAGUGAAAUCUUGGACCCAACAGUAGAAGGAGGUUAUGACGAGGGUAAGAUGAAAGCUUUGGCUAGAGUGGCCCUGCAGUGCGUAAAGGAAGAGAAGGACAAGAGACCCACCAUGAGUCAAGUAGUAGAGAUACUUCAGAAAUCUAGCCGCGAAAAUGAUCAUCAGUGAUCAUCACAAAUGGUUCCGUGCUGCUCU